AUCAAACACAAAUAUUGAAAGAGGAAAAUGAUGKUAGCCAGGAGCAAAUUGAAGACCAAACGAACCAGGAAGAAAUCAUUGAAAAUGUCUUUGAAACUACUGGUAUUUCUAAAAAUAAUAUUUAAUUUCUUAAAUUAAAGUACAGUCAUUGUAGUUUUCUGAAUGUCAUAUACCAUCAUUUUUAUUUUAUUAUAUCUUUAUUUGCUUUUUCAACACAUUCAUUUUACCAUCAAUUUAAUUUUGCUUGUUUUCAUUAACAAGUGAAACAGUAAGUGCUAGUGAUAGUCAGGUAAAAUACCUUAAAGUUGUGAUGAGGUUAAUUAUUGAUUAAUAAACCAAAAUCAAGAGUUUAGGUAAACCUGCUUCACAUCAGUGUAAUGACUUAAUUAACAGAAUAAUAAUCAAUAAGUUUCAGAGAAAGACAGCUCAGAGCAGAUAGAUCUUACUGUUGGUGAUGUAAAUGUCAGUGCUGUGUCUACUGUUAAUUUCCUGGGUGUUGAUGUCACAAGACAUGACGUUCAAACGUUACAACGAUAUGUUAUGACCAACGAUGCUGUAGUAACUAUCAUGAUCAAGAAAAUUCAGUGUACAAAUCCAUUUGAAUUUGCUGAUACACUGUUCUAUUCUAUUCUUUGUGGAGAGCAAGAUUUGAGAAGUAAGGACUCAUCCAGUUGUGCCAAAUUAAAGGCAGCUGAGAAAUUUUUCAAGCCAAGGCUUUUAAGUGAGAGCUAUGUCUUCAUUCCAAUAAACAGAAGUCUCCACUGGCUUCUUGCUGUUUUGACACCCUGGCAYAUGAUAUUUAUGGACUCAAUGACAUGGAAUGUAAGAACAAGACAAACAGAAGCAGAUCACAUAAAUAACUUUUUAGAACAUUUGUACAAGAAAGUAAACUUUUCAGAGUAUCAGCAGUUACCCCUUCGCAUUCUCAAGGUUCCACAACAAAUGGUUGGAAGUAACAAUUGUGGUAUUUACAUUUGUAUGUUUAUAGAGAUGUUUUUAAAGGUUUUCUGUAAGGUCAUCCUAGCUCUAAUGGUGAAUGGUGCCAACAGGCUCAGUGAGUCGAAUAACGACGCUGUGCUUCUCAGCAGGUUUCUCUUUGUGAUCUUGUCUGGGACUGGCAACUUGGACGUGAAGGAAAACACAUCUGAUUCUGGGUUCCAUGGUAUCCCCAGUGUCUUUGUUGAUGACAAUGCACCACAGUCCAAGUCAACUGACGAGGCACGCUCAGUAAUAGGGACAGCCAUCAACACUUCAGGACUGUUGGAAAGUCACUUCCGUGCUCUCACGCAGUUUGAUAUCAGUAGGGAUGUCUUUCACAGAAUCCAUGCUGUCAUCCAUGUAUUGCUGUUGUGA